CGCUGAAGCGUCCAUUGUUUGGGCAUUGAGACCGUAGAUCAAGUGUCAUCGGAGACAACAGUUUGUGGAGUCAUUAACGGGUAGCAUCUGCUGUGUGCCAGUCGUUGGUCGUUAUGUGAAAGGUCAAAGAGAGGUCUUUAUAUUGUGGGAUAGUAGCAUCAAAAAGAAAAGAAAAGUUAAGUAGCAAACCUGUUCGUUCAUAUUUUCCGAAGGUUGGAGCAUUCGAUUAGAGCUGUCUGAACAGUUAGGGUGCAUAGCUUGUGUGAACAAAGAUCUACACUUGUACACCAAAACAUAAACUAUGAAAACAAUUAUCUUAAGAACAGGUUUUCUGUAAGCGAAUUUGGUGAGAUGAAUGACUAGACUAAAUGGACUACGAGACACUGUGUUGUGUCUGGCCAACCAAUGUGGAGACCUGUCGUCUUAUCUUAGACAGACUUUACAAUCGGAGAAAAGGUCGGCCGUUUACUCCUAUCAUACCACACCAGAGACCACUUGUAAAGACACUGUUAAGCCCUGGUUACAGAUCAGAAACCCGUGCGCAAACAUACUCAAUCUAGAGCUGGUUCUACAGAGACGCGACUCGUGCGCCUGUGUUUUCCGCGCAGAGGUUUUGGCGACCUGUAAACACCAUUGUAUUUGGGUUAAAGUUCCCUGUGUGCUGUGCUGGCCCUUCGUUUCUGUGUAUUCUUUAUCUACUUUCUUUCGUUGUGCAGCGAACACACGGUAUAUAUUUAGCCUCUGGUUUGCCAGGUUCGCGACCUUUGGCCUUUAACCUGUAUCUUUCCCACUGUGUUCUAUAGGCUAGUGUAAACCGGCCUGCCCGUUGGAACAUGACUGUGUAAAAUGAACGCUUCGCUUCACUCGUGUAGUGUAGUGUUCCCUAUACAAGUGUUCGCCUUCAAGUUUCGCACUAGCGAUUUAUAAUGUAUUUAUUGUUGUGUACUCGACAAUAACAGCAGGAGAGAUGCGGUUAGCACAUAGAUCCAGUGUGUGUAUGAACCCCGACGUGGAUAUUUCUGUAUAUAUAUCUCUGCAUGCUAGUGUUAUAACGCUCGGUUCGUUCUUGGGCGAAAGAAGCCAGAAGCAAAUUAGCAAGACAGUGUUUCUCAGAAAAGCAUCGGUAUGUGUUGUCUUUGGAGUCCCACCACGUUCUGAAACCAAUGUAGAGUCGACUGUGGUGUAUGUGUAUUCUGUCUCAACAUGGAUGUAAUUAGCAUAAAAGUGUUUUCAGGAUUUCUUUUUUUCGCUUUGGUCAUACUCUUUGGUUGGACACCCUUUUGUCUGCUGAGAAGAUGCUCUUCUUCCAUGUCCGAGAGCAGAGUGUCUCCAAGAAAGAAGCUACCUUUAGUACAUUCCCUACAUUCGAUGGCGUCCGGUGUUCUCAUAGCAACCUGUCUCCUCAGUCUGCUCCCAGAGGCGAUAGAGGCCAUGCACAAAGCUUUAGGGAGCAGUCACACACUGCAGGGAAGACAAGCAGCCCCACCAGCCGUAGGCCCAACUGAUAGUGAAAAUGGUACUCAUCCUUUCAACGGUUCCUCCAGUAUGAUGGACAAUAUUCGUGGGCAUCAUGUUGAUGGGGCAGAAACAGUUGAGGAUAAAGGGACCUACCCUCUAGCCGAACUGCUGAUUGGUCUUGGAUUUCUAAGUAUUUAUAUACUGGACAGUUGUGUAAAAACAGUGCAAAGUUCGUGGGGAGGAAAAGAUAGAAGAAGUGGUACUGCUCCUGGAGAUGAGAUAGUUCUAUUUCAAAGAAAGAAGGAGAGUUUUGACUCUGAGGAGAACGCCAAUUCCAUCAAAUGGAAAACUUCUCCUUUUAGUGCCGCAGAAAGCUCUAGUCCUUCUAAAGAGAACAGUCGAAAAAGAUCAAAUCCCACGAGCAAAAGACAUAGGUGGUUUAAGCCGAAAUUUUUAACGCAGAAAUUUUCCAACGACUUCGAGCCUCAGUUACAAACACUUUCAGACGACAUGAACACUCAGCUGUUAAACGAUGACGUAUCUCAAGUGUCUGGUGGAGAUGAAAGCAACAGGAAUAUGUGGUCCAAGUCGGAGUCGGCUGAAGAGCACCCUCUGGCGGAGAGACAAGCUCAUGAGGCAAACAGAUCUGUCCAUCUCCGGUCUGCAGCUCUCGUUGGAGCUCUGUGUGUGCACGGUUUUUUCGAUGGUCUUCUGUUGGGCCUUCAGACUUCAGUGCAUGUUCUCCUUUCCUUACUCCUCGCCUUGUCUGUCCAUAAGAGUUUUGUGUCUCUGAGUCUGUCUCUGACUCUGUUCAACCACCACAACAAAGACUCUAAGGUGUCAAAGGUGUUUUUGUACAUAUUUCUUUUCGCCUUAGUCGCUCCUAUGGGACUAAUUAUGAGCGCUAGUUUCGUCCACAAUACCUUCACUAACUCCGGGGAUGGUAGUGGGGAUUCGUCUGGUGUGUUACCAGGUUGUCUGCAGGCGUUUGCCGUGGGGACAUUCAUGUACGUGGCUUUCUCGGAGACCGUUGAGCAGCACCAACAGCAUGGGAGGUCUCUGGUGAGUCAGCUUGUGAAUCACGUGUUCCUCCUGGUUGGCUUUAGCGGAAUGGCGGGGCUCAGAGCAGCCCUAGGGGAAGUGUGAAGUGGAGACAUUACAUUACAUGAUGUAUCACGCCCUGAACAGACCGAGACGUAUUACGUACGUGCACGUUUUGCGUAAGAGUGAGUGAAUGAAAGAGAGAGAGAGAGAGAGAGAGAGAAAGAG